UAUUUCUGUAUCUGAGCUACCAAGCAGUCCACUCUAGCUGCAAAGGCUGUGACAUAGAUGCGCCCGAAGAAAUUGCCAGCAAAUACGCCUACAUCAAGGCCCGCAAUCGCACGUUGUUUGCGGGAGCACUAGAUGUCAUGGAUCGUUCCAUCGGUGAAGUUCUGGCAGCCCUGCAGACCCGAGGGAUGCUCGUCGACAGUGUUGUAGUGUUUGCCAGCGACAACGGAGCGGCACCAGUCAAGGAUAUCACCGCCUCCAACGCUGGCUCCAACUGGCCUUUGCGCGGAGGGAAAUCAAACGUGUGGGAAGGGGGCAUGAGGACGCCCGCGGUGUUCUGGUACGGUCGCCUGAGUGGUCGUUUGCCACGGCCCCCUUCGCAGCAGAUGAUGCACAUCGUCGACUGGGCGCCCACUUUCUACGCAGCGGCAGGAGGAGAUGUCUCGGCUCUCGGCGACGUGGAUGGAAGGGACCAAUGGGAAGCGCUCUCAGCAGGAAAAGGCAACGGACACGAAGACAUGAUCCUAGAAAUUGAAGGUCGCAAUGAAGCAUCGGCCAUUAUCUCUGGCAGGUACAAGUUGGUGAACCGUUCGGAGGCACUGAGUGACCCGCUACUCGACAUUCGAAUGCGCCCACCGGAAGGAGAUCCUCCCAUGGAGCUCGAACUGGACUCCCUCAUGAAGUCAUCGGAGGCUUGGAAAGCCCUGCAAGAAGCCUCCCGCGACGCCGGUGCUAGUGGCAGUUCAGCACCCAGAGAAAACUGGCGCCAAGAGCUCAUUGUUAAAUGCGACGGCAGCCCUACCUCUCGAGACGAUGAGUCAGUCAGCGAUAACUUUGACCCGCACGACACCACCUUCGUGUUCGACAUAAUCAGCGAUCCAUGCGAGCUGAACAACCUUGCAUCAUCCGAGCCUGAGUUGCGGGACAGGCUGCUCAAGAAGUUGGCCACAUUCCGCGCAGAAGUACCCAUUGAUCCCAUGACUGAUGAAGUGGACGAACGCAGUUUUCCGGAGUACCACCACUGCACAUGGUCAACCUGGAUGGACGUGGAGCCAGCAGACUACCAGAGCUGUCCGUGCUGAAAAGGCCACCUGUUCAUAGUGCUGUAGAAACGGUGUUUUGCCUUCGGGCGUGUAUUUGCAAUGUGCAAAGACUGACCGCACCAUACUUAGUUCAUAAUGUACAAUU